AUGUCUUCCAGUAUUAUGAGUUUUUUGAAUUCACCAGGCAAAUACGGUAUGAUCCCUUUUCGCGAACUAGGACAGGGCAAACCAUCGAGAAUGGAUGAAGAAGAGCAUAUUGAUGCAUCUGCAUCAGCAACCGAGCCUGUUGGAUAUCCAGGAGGACCGUACGAUCCCUCUCUUUUAGUUAAGUACGAACAUCAUAUUGCUAGACAUAUAUGGUUCGGUGAGGAGAGAAGUUCGAAGAAAGAGUUAAAGGUAGCAGGACAUGGGUUGAAGUUGAUUCAUAGGGUUCCACUACAGCUACCAAGAGAGAUUGAGGGUUGGAUAUCUAGGUCUGGUCUAGCUUCACUCCAGAGAACUAGUUUGACAAAGAUAGACACGAACCUAGUUUCUGCAAUGAAUCUAAAUCCACAAUUACCAUUUGAUACAACAUUAACUACAUCAUCAAUAUAUGACCUGAUGUGA